AAGAUGCUCGGCGUCAGCGGUCUCUCGUCCGCCUCCAAGAUCGCCCUCCUAAACGCAAAGUACAUGGCACACCGUCUCUCCGGACACUACAACCUUCAAUUCAAGAACGGCAACGGUCAUGUGGCGCACAGGUUGCUUAUUGACCUGGCCAAGUUUGACAAGGCUGCCGGAACCAAGGUGACCCACUUUGCUAAGCGGCUGCAAAUGGCGCAGGCGACGGCAGUUGAUAACGAGGUAGAGACGGAUGAAGAAAGUGAGAAUAUCGAAGGCAAGUUUAAGCGUACUUUCUUGCAUUACAGUGACAGGGACAUUUAUGCCACCACAGAUCUCAUCGACGAUGAGACAGCUACCACAGCAAGCGACGUUCACCCCCAGCUUCUGCAAAUGAUCUAUCCCAGAGCAGAUGAUGACGGUGCGCAAGCUCUCGCACAACACUACCAAGAGCUGGCCCGCAGGGAGAGAACCGUGAUCGAUGUUGAACACGCUGCAGAACUUCUUCUCUCGUCAGAGACAGAUUCGAAACCCAUCACGCCAGGUACUUGGGUGAGAAUCCAACAUAGGCAUGGUCGAUAUGCUCGUGCCCUUGCCUAUGUGGAACGCGUACAUGAGGAUAGGUUGAUCAUAUGGGCGAAAGUUCAGCUGACAGGUGCCUCCUCGACUUCACACGUUCAUCUGCCUUCCGGUCUCGUUGCUGUCCAGAGUACAGUUGAUGGCAAGAUUUCUGGAUCACGAAAGAAGGAUACCGCGCUUCUGGUCCGGAAGGGCAUCAUUAAAGAUGGGCUGAUACGCCUUCGAUCUGAAGCUCACUUCGUGAUAUCACUUACAGACACCCCUCAUGAAGACGAGCUCGCACUGUUCAUUGAGAUACCGUGGAUUCCGUCCGAAGCGAGGAAGGAGAUCAUAAGCAGGGCAUACAUAGCCACUUUGGCUGUGGAUGAUCGUGUACGAGUGGUGUCUGGGCAACUGGUCGGGCUGGAGGGGAGCAUCCAGAGCAUCCAGGACAGUAUCGCUGAGAUAGCCGUCGACAUUCGUCCGAUAGGAGCGGCGACUGUGGAGCUGGCCGCUCUCUGGAGACUCCACAUGCUGGGCGACAAAGUCGAAGUUGUGAGAGGUGCACAUUGUGGUAGCCGAGGGUUCAUCCUGUCCAUACAGAUGAACGAACUGAAUCUAUGCUUGCACGGCAGCAAUCAGCAGAUCACGGUGGAGUGUUUCAAUGUCAUCAUGGACUACAAGCCCACAGCCCGCAAUCCGAUCCCUAUUUCGUACAAUCAGACAUCACAGGUAGUCAUAAACCCGAUGGAGAUCGAAUCACACGAAAGCCAGUCCAUUAGGGUUUCUCGUCAAGAACGGAACCCAUACAUAGGUCAGUGGGUGAUUGUGAUAUCCGGUGCCUGGAAAGGACACAGGGGCCUGCUGAAGUUCGUGUAUAACCAGCACCAUCAGGUGCAGCUGGAGGCUCCUCAAGGGCGCGUUAAACUUUAUGUUGCGAAGGAACUAGCUUUGUACAGAGAUAGCGGUCGUAUUAUCCCGCUAGUGAACAAUCAAAAUGGAACUGUGGAACCCGACUGGCCAUUGGAACCGGAAAUGGAAACGCCAGCUCUCGAUGACGGCUCGUCGACUUCUCUCCCCAUUCCUGAACCAUCAGACAAUACACAUUAUGAGCCUGCAUGGGACCCAGCAUCGACCGAAGCGGAUGUAGAAUUCGCGGCCCUUCAGAGGAGGCUGACAGCGGAUCUGGCAGCCCUUCAGCCACCAGUUACAACUGACGACGUGCCUCAUGAACCUAUAUGCGUCACGACUGAGCGUCUACCUUCACAUGAAUGA